CACCUCCUCUCGCACCUGGCGCUGCGGGGCAAGGAGCUGCUGCACCGCGGGCUCUGCGGCCUGCUGGGCUGCGGCCAGGCCCUGGCCAGGCAGGGCUGCGAGGGCCUGGCCAUCGGCACCAGCCUGCUGGCCUACCUCGUCAACAGCCUCGUCAACGUGUGCCUCAUCGGCACGCAGAACCUCUUCACCCUGCUCGCGGCCCUGUGGGACUCCGUCGCCGGCCCCUUCCUCAGAGUCACCGACCUGCUGGCUGCUUUCCUCGCGCACGUCUCCAGCGGUGCCAUCGCGGUGUCCAUCCUGCUGUGGUCGCCCUGCCAGCUGGCCUUCGAGCUCCUGGCCUCCGUCGCCGAGCUCUUCGUCAGCAUCUUCUUUGUGAAUAUUUAUGGUCUGGUCUUGCUCCUCCUCAUUAUUGUUGUCAGCGCCUUUGUCUUCAACCCCGGGCUGCUGUGGACGCUGACAGGCUACGUGCUGGGCUACUUCAACACGCUGCCUUCCUACCACCGCCUGCAGCGUGAUGUGUGGCGGCUCUAUCAGGUGGCGGUCCUGACGCUGGGUAUGGCCAUGACCUCCCAGGCCUGGCGCAGGUUGGUGGACUGGAGCCUGCAGGUGACCAACUGGAGCCAAGGAGGCAGGACGACGAACCGGGAAAGCAACCAGCGAGGGGCAGCUGCGCCCAUCCCGAGACCAGCGGCCCCUGGCAGGCUGAUGCUGGCAGGGGUCGGCCAGCUGCCAGCUGAGCACGAGGACCAGCCGGAUGCAGAGCAGGUACCGCAAGCGCGUCCUGCUCUGAGUCGAAGUGCCGUGGCAGGACAGCGUCUCCAGCCGUCCAGGGAGGAACCGAGCACCUCCUGGGGGAAAGCUCUGAGGAGGCAGCAGCUGAACGCAGCAGCUGGGGAUGGUGAGGGCACUCCGGAUAAUGACCCCUGGGUGCUCCUGAAAGAACAAGAGGAACGUAAGAAAUGUGUCAUCUGUCAAGACCAAACCAAGACAGUCCUGCUUCUGCCCUGCAGGCACCUGUGCCUGUGUCAGGAGUGCACGGAAGUCCUCCUGCAGCAGGCCAUCUACCAGCGCAACUGCCCGCUGUGCCGCCAGAUGAUCCUCCAGACGCUCAAUGUGUACUUGUGAACCCAAGGGGUGGGUGGCUUGGGUCAUUUUCCCAGGAGAUCAAGGGCACCCGUGUCUCUGUCUCUUUCCGGGAAGCAGAACGUCCCAGGGCUGCCUUGAGCGGCUUCCAAAGAACUAAGCAUGGUGCUGAAAGGGCAAAAGGCUGUUGGGGGUGUCUGCUAGCCAUACUUGCUACGUAACUAGAUUGUAGCUCUUGCUAGCAAGCACGAUAACCGAUCUCUGCAGCAGGCUGAAAGAGUUACCUUUUUUCUGUUGACAACUUUUGCUGUUUCAGGGCCUGUUGCCUCAAGCCUGCAGCAGUCUGAGAUCCAAAGCAGAGCACAGAAAGACGCUCUGGUCCCUCCUAGCCAAAGCUGAUGGAAAGGUUAAAGGCUAUGCCCUCCUGGGAAUCACAGGGGCUGGCGCAAGGCAAGGGAGGGCUUUUCCCAAGAUCUGACCAGAAAACUACCUGGCAGACUGCAUUCACGCCUCUGUUUCCUCCUCCCACCAUCUAAGUGGGGCAGCUCCCUGGGGAGGGAGAAGUGUGCCCCUUUUGCAAGGCCCUAGGAGAGCAACGAGCACACUCGAGCUUUUUAAGCUUUGCUACCAAAGGGCUGAGCCUGGCUCUCAGCUGGAGGAGAGCAGGGUUUCUGGGGUACUUCAGUAUCCCAGGCACCAUGGCUUUGGUUUUGGAACUUCCUGUUCCCCUUGCCAGGACAACGAGGAGCUGUGACGAACACAGGCUCGCUGCAGGCCGGCUGACUGCAGAGCUCAGUGUUGCUGCCGCUUCCACGCAUCACCUAUGCAAGACU